CAGUCCGGGCCGGGUCGCGUGCACACACACUUAUUUUAUGACUCUUUGACUUCUUCUCCUUUAUCCCUUCUAACCGGAAAAACAAUUACAAGUAAUUGACGUUAUCUUCACGUCAAAUUGAUUAUAUUUUAUCUUCUUUAUGGUUUUUCUGCACUUCAAUUUCAGUAUGAAGAAAACUUGGUGGUGCUUCAUAUUUGUUACCUGGUUAUGCCUUUUUUCCUUUUCAGAUGCUAGAACAGAACUCAAGGCUAGGCAUACGGAACAUCUUUCCCAGUACAAUCAUACACUUGCUUUAAUAUUGGUGGAAUAUGCUUCUGCGGUAUACUUGUCAGAUUUGACUCAACUUUUUACAUGGACGUGCUCUAGAUGUGGUCACUUGACCGAGGGAUUUGAAAUUAUAGAGUUGGUUGUUGAUGUCGAGCAUUGCUUACAGGCAUUUGUUGGAGUGGCCGAGGAUCCGCAUGCUAUUAUCAUUGCAUUCAGAGGAACUAAUGGACACAGUUUACAGAACUGGAUCGAAGAUUUAUAUUGGAAGCAACAUGAAAUAAAUUAUCCAGACAUGGAUGAUGCAAUGGUACAUCGUGGUUUUUAUACUGCAUACCAUAAUACAACAAUACGUCCUGCAGUUUUAGGGGCCGUUGAAAGAGCGAAGAAGUUUUAUGGAGAUAUUCAAAUUAUAGUGAUAGGACAUUCAAUGGGGGGAGCAAUGGCCGCGUUUUGUGCACUUGAUUUAACGGUAAAUAAACAAGAAAAUAAAGUUCAGGUUAUGACAUUUGGACAACCUCGGAUUGGGAAUGGUGUUUUUGCAUCUCUCUACAGUGAACUAAUUCCAAAUACUAUCCGAGUCACACAUGACCAUGAUAUGGUUCCACAUUUGCCUCCAUAUUAUUAUUACUUACCACAGAAGACAUACCAGCACUACCCGAGAGAGGUAUGGCUUUAUAACAUUGGAUUAGGUAGUCUUGCGUACAGGGUUGAGAAGAUUUGUGAUGGAUCUGGCGAGGAUCCAUCUUGCAGCAGGUCAGUGAGCGGGACUAGCAUCACAGACCAUUUAGUCUAUUAUGGUCUUGACAUGAAAUCAGAUGAUCCAGAAGCAUGCAGAAUCGUUACGAAUUCUUAUGUUCAGAAUACUAGCAUCAGAGAUUCAAAAGGAAACCUUAUUUUAUCUAGAGAUCCUGCAACUCCCCUUCUCCGACUCCAAUUGAGAAGAUAGUUUGACAAUCAGGAAGAGCCCGUUAAUGUCGAUUGAAUUGGCAUGACAUAUCUCAUGCAACAUAAUUGUGGGGAUAUUAUACUGGUAAUUUUUUAUUUGGUCACAGUCCUUCCAAAUACGGCAGAAGAAUUUUAUCAUAAUUAGCUGUAACUGGAAGAAGAUUGCGGGUACACUAUACUUGUAAUUUUUUAUUUCUUCACAGUUCUUCCAAAUACGGCAGAAGAAUUUUAUCAGAAUUAGCUGUAACUGGAAGAAGAUUGUGUGUAUAGUCUUGUAUAUGCUCAUCCUUGUACAUAUGAUUCAUAAUUCUUGGUACCAAUGUUAAAUGUACAAAUCCACUUUCAAAUUUGGCAAUAUAAAUUAUUGUCUUUUGUUGUCA